ACAUGGGAAGUCAAUUUCUUAUUCGACAAGUGCGUCAGACUGUACGAACUCUUAUGUCGAACGAACUCAUCUUCAGAAUUGUAACAGUCAUCUAAAAACCUCUGUGUUUUAAACAAUUCGCUUUGCGUUAAAGCAUUCCUAAAGCAGUGAAUGACAGACUUAAGAGUCUUUAAAAUGUUGGAUUCUUAAUCCAUUGUAUUCCACUGGGCACCUGCUAAAUUGCAAGAUUUUAGAAAUUCAAAUUAUGAUGUGAAAGUUUAUGCAAAACGAGUUCUCAUCAAACAAAUCGCUCAAGCUGUGUUUUAUUCGAGCUUUGUUUAGUCUUUGUAGAUGUUUAUCAAACAACGUUGAUUAAGUGACCUCAUCGGAGGAAAUGCAAAAAUUAUAAGAACGCUUCAAAGUGGUGGUGUAUCGUGGACGUGGUCGAAUUCAUGUAACGGUGUGGUUUUGCUUCAAGAGCCCUAAGGAAACGGAUCAAGUUUCGCGACAGCUAGUCGAGCAAUUCAUCAAACGCUCUAAGAAGGCCAAGAAUUAAAAACAUUUCAGACAGGAUAUUAGUUCUGAAAGGCCGAAAAAGCACGGAAAAUGUGGUUAAAGAUUUGAGGCUGUUUAAGAGAUUGUUAAAGACUGUAUUUCAAGAUGAGUGUGAGUUCGUCAAGAUACCCGCUUAUUCGCAUCAGCAAGACAGGAGAAAUGAGAUUGAAGAACAAGGUUGGAAAUGCAAUACUAAAGGAGAAUGCCUACGAAGAUCGAGCUCUCAGCACGCGCUUGGACGAGUUAUCUAAACACCAAUUCAGGCAAGAUAAAUACGUGACUUAUAGACAGCUAGAAUUUGCCACCAAGCAAGUUUCGGCGUCAGAAGAACGACCCCGCACGCUGGGAAAUGGACAAGAAAUCGUCAAACAGGUUCAACAAAAUGGCGAACAGUUACCCCCAAUUGAUACGCGGGGGAGAUCGAAUGUCGUAGCUUCGAAUUUAGAAGCGGGCCGCGCAAAUCAAAGCGAGGAAUCGGCUGGAAAUGAUAGGGCUAAAGGACGUUGGGAAAAGGCAAUAACUCUCGUUCGUUUAGCCGCGAAAAACAGGCCGUCACGAGGCAGCGCAAAGCAGUUGUUAAGUCCAAAGAGAAAAAUAUCUGGAAAUAAACAUAGCGAGUUGCAUACUAGCGACAAGGAUCGACAACAGUUGCCACCUAUUCACGGAAAUGAGGGAAUAUCGAGGGAACCCUUAGGAUCUUCAAAGAGAAAGCCACCUCUUCGAAAACAGCCGAGUUUGCCAGAAAUGCUCAGAGUUUCUCGUGAAAAAACCCAAAAAUGCCUUGAGGAUCCGAGGUUCAUGAAACUCGAGCAGUGCUUAAGCGAGAAAAAAGAUCAUCGAGAAUCGUUUAGACGACACGGAAGAAAUUCAAGAACAAAACGAUCUUCUUCGGACAGAAUUCGCGACAUGUACAAUAAUAAUUAUCUCAGCUAAAAAACCAUCAAAGAGGAACUCGAAUACGACUGAACUUCAAAUUAUAAAUUAUUCGGAUCACACACAGCUGCUGCACACAUGAAAAUUAAAAGAAGCUUAAAAUCUUAAGAAAACAAACGAUUUAGUUUCGUUCGAAUUUAUAUAUGAAACGCACUUUGUACAAAAAUAGAUACAAGUGUGGUGUUUGAAAUUAUUAGUGAUAACUUAUGAACCAUUACCUUUGUCCUUGCUGCAUAUGCAAACCAAUUUGAAAGAAACUUGUGUUAAGAUAUAUUGUUAUAUAUAUUAUUAUUUAUAUUAAUCUUGACAUUUAAUUUGUCAGUUUAAACGCAAAUUAAAAGUAUGGAAAUCGUAAGGCAGUUUUGAUGUGGGUCAACUUGCUUGUUCCAUUUGAAUAACUUCCCUUUGACGUCUAAAAAGUAGAUUUUAAUUUUUCAAGUCACGUCUCUUAGAAAGAGAUCAUGCAAAAAAAAAAAAAAAGAAACA